CUGUAACUGUGAUUGUUGUCUCAUGCACGUCUCCCAAAGAACAGGUUAACACUGCAGCUUGCAAAACCAGCGGUAUAUCUAUAUAAAUGGUUGUCAGUGUUCACCCAGAACAGUAGAUGCAUCACAUUCACAGCAACAUGGCCCAGCUUUAAAUUUCGCCUUAGCCCCCUCUGCUUCCCAACUCUUUUUGACAGAUCCAGCCUUCAAGAUGGAUUCAACGGACGAGGUUGUCAAAACAGGAUCGGAGAUGUUAGACGACUACCUCGCCAAUCUAGAAAAGCUGGCCGAGGAAACAGCCAAGGCACGCUUUUGUCUAUAGAAACCACAGAAUGAUGCCUCAGCUAACAUUAGAGUAGGAGAGUCCAGCCAGUACACCUACCAACGAGAGUAAGUUGCCCAGGUCCAACAAAAAGAGGACGCCUCUUCCUGAAGGGAGGCCAAUAGAGCCAGCUCGGGUAAGUUGAAUAAGUGUGCUUUCAAUACUGAACGGUUCUCUCUUUGUAGAUCCCGAGUUUCCAAGCGACUGUGUAUCGGAUUUAGCGUACAUUGGACCAACAAAAAGGUAUCUACCCAGACAGCCUCUAGAUUCGUUCUUUGCUCUGACAUGCCGCCUAUUGACGCACUAGAACCUAACAUGUCCCCGUAUACCCCGUCCAGCUCUUGUACAUAAACACAUGGUACCAUUAUUCCAAGAGUUUUGUUUUAUAUUAUACCAAGGUAUAGCUCCAUAUCGAGUCUUAUCAGCUGUGACGUCAGUACGGUCACGCGCUGGAGUGUACCCUUGGACCAUCGGUACUGGCCGAGUUCUCUUUCAACGUGUAAUGAAUACAAACGACCAUUUAUUUUAUCCCGUCAGUAUGUAUUUCACCUCGCUAAUCAUUGAAUAUUUCCUUUUAUUUCUUCUUUUUCAUUUGUCCCAAUCUGUCCUAUUUGGCUGCUGCCCCGACUGGUGAUGUCAGCUCGCCACUUGUACAGUAUCAACAGUGUUACAGCGGCCUAAGCGCCUCGGUAGCGCUAGUGAUUAGCGUCCUUCUCCUCCCACAACCAACCGUUUGAUCGCUCUUGCCCCAGCUCCCUUCCCCGGCCGCCUCACGGGUUGCCUUCUUCUCUUUCUUCCUCAUUUUCGCUUUUCCACAAACCAUCUGCCGCUCGGCCGGCGCUAGUCUUUCCUUUCUUUGCCUCCAGCUCCUGUUUUUUUUUUAGUUCUUGUUUUAAUACAUUUUGCGCCUCCCUCCUUGUGGCUAUCGCCGUCGCCGUCGCGUUGCUGGUGCCAAUGCAUGUGUCCUCACCACCUCUCAGCGCAUCCACGAGAUCAUGAGGCCGCUACAUCCGACCGACUUUGCUGCCAGCUGUCCCAUAUCGCAAAAAGCCCUGUCGCUUCAGUCGCCUCGGCCGUUUCUAAUCUAAAACCUACGAUACCAGUAUCCGGAUCAACCCCACACAGCGCGCCCGGAAGACAGAGCACACCCUGUGCAUAGAUUGUUCGCAAACCAGGCUUCGCGCCGCGCCCGCGCGUGAAGCGCGUUUCUCACCCUCUUCUCCUCCAACUAUACUUGUCAUCGCGAUCUACCGUAUAUAGCGAUCACCAUGUCGACCACAAAUGCCGUGCCGGAUACCCAGCUGGGCCUCACCGCGGAGGAAAUCCAGCUGCUGCGACAAGGGCAAGCUGCACUUGGUGGCUCAAAUAGCAGCUCCCGCGCUGCUAGCAAGGCCUCAAGCCAGGGUCUUUUGCUGCUUGAUAGCUCCUCAUUAUCGGCGCUUGGCCGCUAUUUCGACCGCCUCAUGGCCAACCUUGAACAAAAUAUCCAAUAUCUAAGCGAGCAGGCUCAAAUGUUCACCCAAGUGCAGUACGACCGCGCCGGUAACAUCAUCGACGGUGCUGAUGCUGAGAUCGAGCGAUAUACACAGAUACUGCAACAACUCGACGAGCUAGAGAUGGACUUUGACCGUAUAGCCAAUGUCAAGGAGAUUGUCAAGGGAUACAAAGCCCGCGUUGCAGAUCUCGAAAAGAGCCUCGAGUCAAGUGGCACUUCUAGCCGACAUAAGCACUCUUCAUCAUCACAUAAGCACGGCUCUUCGAAACACCAUCACCACAAACAUAAGAAAUAGUCGCAGCGGCUGCGACUGCCUACAUAUACGCACUUCUACAUGGCGAUCUCAACCCGCCCCGGAACCCUCUUACCUCUACAAUCUGUACAUCUCAGGCCCUAUUGUUAUGGCCGCUAGGACAUAUCCAACACGCUACAUGCUAGCAUAUCAUGUAAAACCAACCAGCCACCAGAGCCCCACGGCUCAAAAGAUGAACUCAUGGCCUCACGGCCUGUAUCUGUUUCUUUUUUUCUCUUUGUCUUCUCACGUAUAUUGACUACAUAACUGGCCUUUUUUUUCCCGUUACUCUGGCUUACUCUUUUCGGAUAUUCUGCUUGAGGUAGCGUCGCUUAAGGGAAUCGGUUGUAUCUGGCGCUUGGAAAGGUCUGGCCUAAGAUGGUCAUGGGGGGAUCAUCUACUUGACAUAUACGUUCCUGUAUCUUUGUUAUUCUCUUAUACCCUUUGCAAAUGUAGUUUGCACUCCGCAUUUUAUUUACUUUGACUUUUCGCUCCAACUACUUCAAAUUUCG